AUCAAUAAACAGUAUAGCUGGGAAGCUGAAAAUGCAUCAGCUCUCAACGCUCCCAAAAGGGCUUCGAUGAUGUCUGGAUGUUAAUGCACAAACAAGCAAAUAGUCAUAACUGUGUGUGCACAGAGUCACGAGUGUGUUUGAAUGUUUGCCUUUCCAAGUGUUUGCCCACUAAACGAGUUAGAGGUGAAAUGAUCCUGCCCUCUCAACCGCAGAGGCUUUUUCAGGGGGUUUAAGCAAGUUGGUCCAUUUCCACUGCAGUAUCCGCACCCAUUAAACUGCAGUCAUUAUCAGAGGAAAUACUGGUGGGAGGAGGGACUGCUUCAGGCGCUCAAGUACCCUUAUCACUAGCACUGGAGGCGAAUCGCUCAUGACUUGUCUGUACAGGAGACCAAACUCAACACGUUACUUAACAAGGAUGUGUCACCGGUAGAGGUGGGCCGAUGCAGAGCAGAAACACGAUGGACGGCUUAUGAGUUGCAACGGAGGACGAGACACAGGAAUUCUGGGAUUCUACCUGGAAGAAGAAAAAAAACAAAACCGAGGAGCCAGAGCAGCUGAGGAGGAGGACGCUUCAUCUCUCUGCCACAAGCUGAAGGGACUUUACAGCUGAGCUCACAAACCCGAGGAGACGACAAGUGUGGCAGCUGCUUGAACUAGAAGGAGCUGAACUGCUGCAACCACAAAUGGAGCAACACAACCAAUCUAUGGGCGACAAUGAGACCGAGUGUCCUUCCAUCGACGACUUUCGAAACAUGGUCUACUCCACCUUCUACUCGGUCGUGACGGUUUUCGGCCUGGUGGGGAACGGCUUGGCCCUGCUGAUUCUGUUCCGGACGCAGCGGCAGAGCUCCCCGUUCCACGUGUACAUGAUUAACCUGGCUCUGUCCGACCUGCUGUGCGUCAUGACGCUGCCCCUGCGGGUCAGCUACUACGCCAAAAGGGGUCGAUGGGAAGAAGGGGAUUUUCUCUGCCGUAUCAGUUCCUACUUCCUCUACGUCAACCUGUACUGCAGCAUCUACUUCAUGACCGCCAUGUCUGUCACCCGGUUUCUAGCCAUUGUGUACCCGGUGCAGAACCUGCAGCUGGUGACGGUGAACAAAUCCCGCCUUGUGUGUGUGGGUAUUUGGAUAUUUAGCAGCGUUUCGUCCUCCCCCUUCCUGAUGUCGGGUCAGCACGUUGACAAGUCAACAAACAUAACCAAAUGCUUUGAACCUCCAGAACACGAGAGUGAUCGAUUGCCGAAACUCCAGCUACUGAACUAUAUAGGUCUGGUGUUUGGGUUUCUGCUGCCCUUCUUGAUCAUCCUGGCCUGCUACGUUGGAAUAGUCCGCACUCUUCUCUCCCGCACCCAGACUGCUCGCCGGCAGCAGGCCACGGGCGUCCGAGCCAUCCGAAUGAUCGUCAUCGUCCUGCUGACCUUCCUCCUGAGCUUCACCCCGUACCACGUCCAGCGCACCCUGCACCUGCACUUCCUGUCCCGCCAAGGCACGACCUGCUCGGAGCGGAUUGCCAUGCAAAAAUCCGUAGUGGUCACCCUCUGCCUGGCCGCCGCCAAUUCCUGCUUCGACCCCCUGCUGUAUUUCUUCUCCGGAGAGGGUUUCCGGAGCCGCCUGUCCUCUCUGCGGCAGACGACGAGGAUCAACAGCCUGCACCGCACGGCCAAACUGAGGCCCAUGAUCUCCGAGUCCGGGGAGAACCACCAAGCCGACGUCAGUUAGAGGGCGCGGGAAGAAACGGGAUUAUCAAACAAGCAGACUGGGAUGCGACUGGAGGCCGCAGAAGAAGGAAGGAAGCUAAGUGUCAGUCCAAGCAAAAACAGAAGAAGAAGAAGCUAUAAAUGAAUUUACUUACGAGUGUACAAACACUCACGAGUGAUCAUUUCAAUGAAGACUUAUUUACGUCAAUAUUUAUUAUUAAAAAGGUGCAAACUUGCUUGAUGAUAAACGAAUGUUGACUUUGCAAUAUUAUAGGAAGAUAUGUAGCAUUGUGUUGUGAUCCAGAAUGUUUUACAUGACCAUUAUAUGAAUGUAGGAUUGUAAAACUUUAAAUUGAUGUUUUGUUUCAGGUACUUAGGAUAUUGUCGUGCUACCUGCAUAAAGACUGCUGUAAAAUAAAUGUCAUGUCAGUGGGUUGAACCCUGAAAAUGCA